AUGGGUAACAUGGGAGAUUACAUCAACAUCUAUGAGGAUGAAACAGGAAUAAUUCUAGAGAUUCCUCUAGAAAGAGAUGGAUCUUUAUUGCAAUCAACGCUUUCCUCUCGAAUCCCAGGCGCUUUAACUCUAAGAUACAAGGUCCAUGAAAGCGAUUUAUGGAAUGGCAUCGUAUCGGAUGAGGAGUAUCUCUUUCCCCCCGACGGAGGCUGGGGAAGUCGUACCUACUUUUGUGUAUAUGAUUAUGAUGUGGUGUCCAAGAAAUUCAUGAACUCUAUCAAUAUACCGUUGAGAGGUUAUGGUGUCUGUGAAAAAGAUGGCUCCCACAAUCCAGCGUCGGGUUAUUGUCCACCACAAUCCAAUACUCAGUACGUCUUUCCAGACGACAAACCACUUAAUGGGAACACAAGAAACGAGAACACCGCAGGGAACGGGAUCCAUCCUGAGAGGGCCGUAAGGCAAGAAUGAAGAGCAGGGUGGUUGUCUUUUUUUUUUAGCGUAUACUUUUAAAAAUAAAUAUUCAACUGUUUUCUUUUCUAC